GCCAAACCAACGACGUUCGAUCGUCUUCUUGUUCCUCGCCGUCACUCUCUUUCCAGAGUUAACACCGAGCCACCCUCCAACGUCCAUCCACCAUGUCCUUCCCCACCGUCCGGCGGAUCGUCACCGGCCACGACCGGACAGGCAGAUCCAUCAUCGAGUCCGACCGGGCGCUCACGCCCGCGAACCCGCUGGACCCCACGGGCGCGCCGCCCACGGGCAUCAUCCCGGGCUUCACCAACCUCUUCCGCACGGCGGGCGUGCCCGCGGCCGACGUGCGGGGCACGUGGACCGACGACGUGCACGGCCGCAAGAUCGGCCUGGUCGACCCGUCCGGCGUGUUCUGCCGGGUCGUCGACUUCCCGGCGCUGGGGGCCGAGACGGCGCGGGACGAGGUCAACAUCAUGCACCGCACGCAGAGCGUCGACUUUGGGGUGGUCCUCCGCGGCACCAUCACGCUGGUCCUGGACGAUGGGUCCGAGACCGUCAUGCGCGAGGGCGACGUGUGUGUCCAGAGGGGGACGAAUCAUGCCUGGAAAAAUGUCAGCGCCGAGACCUGCCGCGUGCUCUUUGUGCUCGUGCCCUCGGUGCCGAUCGUCAACGAGGCCACCGGCGAGGCGUUCCCCCUGACGGACACGGCGCAUCUCGAGGACGAGAGGCACAUGGCGGCGCCGGCGGCGCGACAAUGA